AUGAUGUACCUCUCCCUUGGAAGGGAUAACAACCUCACGACCGGGAAAGUCUACGAGUCGGUCAUCAAGAAGGAGCGCGAGGGAAAAUACUUGGGCAAAACCGUGCAAGUCGUUCCCCACAUUACCGGGGAGAUGAUCUCCUGGAUCGACAGUGUUGCAAAGAAAUCCGUGGAUGGCACAACUCUGCGGCCUCAGAUCUGCAUGAUCGAGCUCGGCGGGACGAUUGGCGACAUCGAGUCCAUGCCAUUUAUUGAGGCCCUUCGCCAAUUGAAGUUCAACCUGCCCGAGAACUCGCUCGUCUGGUGCCACUGCUCCUACAUACCGAACAUGAGCGGCCAGAAGACCAAGCCGACACAGCACUCAGUCAAGACACUAUUGGGCCUAGGCGUGCAGCCGGACCUCAUCAUCUGCAGAUGUCCGGACCCCGUGCUCGAGGAGACACGAAAGAAGAUUGCAAACCAGUGCAACAUUCCGGCGAAUCGUAUCAUCAGCGCCCAUGAUGUUACAAACCUCUUUCACGUUCCAGGCAUCUUCGCGCAGCAACAUCUCAUCGGGGUGAUGAACGGCUUGCUAAAGCUCGAUCAACUGGAUGUGUUUCGUGGUGUCCAUGUGCCUGUUCUGCUGGCCGGUGUUCAAAGACAGUUUGCAUGUCGCUACUCGAAGAGCAUGCGGACCCUCAACGACUGGGAUCGAUUUGCGAAGCAGGUCGAUCAGGCUGAAAUUAGCAAGCCCGUGACCAUCGCCUUUGUGGGCAAGUACAACAAAGGUGGUGGAGAUGCCUAUCAGUCCGUUAUUGCUGCUCUUAGUCAUGCCGCAGACUGGGUCGAUGCAACUGAGUUGGAAGCUCCCAGCAAAGACAGCUCGGACUACGAGGAGGAGAUGAAGAGAAAGGCAGCUGCUGAGGCGCUGAGCACAUGCCCCACUUAU